AUGCUUGAGCAAGCAGAAUCAGUGGGAGAACAGAGAACCAGUGCACAAUUGGUAGCACCAUUGGGAUGCUUAGUUUCUAGGCAAAAGCACACUCUUCCUGACUUGCCAUAUGACUAUGGCGCUCUGGAGCCUCAUAUUAAUGCGGAGAUUAUGCAGCUGCACCACAGCAAACAUCAUGCCACCUACGUGAACAACCUGAAUGUUGCGGAGGAGAAAUACAAAGAGGCACUGGCAAAAG